AUGCAAUCAUGCGUUUCAUCGUUUUUUUUUUUGUCGGAACAAUCCGGUUUUUUAGCACGUUCCCGUCUCUCUCUUGAUGGAACACUACUGCCAGCAAGCCGAUUUUUUCUGUUGCAGCCUCCGGCGAACAACACAACCGGUGAUUUUACUACCACCACCGCCAUUAGAUGGAAGACUCGCAAACAGCAUAUAAAUGAAGAUACGAAGUUGGAAAGAGAGAACUUACCGUUUUCCGACGAACGACUUCGGCAACUAUUUUCUGGCGAACAUGUUUUGUUUUCCAGCGAUUCAGAUAUUAUUCGCCGAAACCAAGAGGAGUCGAGAUGGGACUCUGAUUUUGCUAUAGAUGGGAAAUUUCAUGUUGCAGGGUUACGAGGAAGGAUAGAUCGGGCAGGUCACUUGACUCCGGAUGGAGCUUUCACGUGGAGUAAAUGGAUUCCCAACAAGGUGAACUGCUUUGUAUGGCGAGCAAGGAUAGAUCGAAUCCCAUCAGCGAGUGCUCUUAUGCGGCGGGGAGUUAAGAUUCAAGGAGAAACUUGUAGUGUAUGUAUUUCAGGAAGUGAAACAGCAGAUCAUAUGCUGGUCACUUGUCCUUUUGCAAUUGCAAUUUGGAACGGGAUAUGGAACUGGUGUGAAAUCAUACCCCCUCAACUGUCUAAUGUCAAGGAGAUUUUAAAUUUCGUAGCCACGUGUGGGAAAUCCCAAACAAAGAAGAGAACAAUAAAUUCAAUCAUCUUCGGAACUUUAUGGGGAAUGUGGAAAGCAAGAAAUGAUAGAGUUUUCAACUCAAAGUUUAUCCCUCCGGAAUUGGUGUUUGAAGGUGUUAGAUCCAUGGUCUAUACUUGGAUUAAAUUUAGGCAUGGGAAAGGGAAUUUUGUAUGGGAGAACUGGAAAAAUUCACCGAUCUCUUCUAUGUAA